UGAAAGGUGACCCGCUGUCUGCCAUCUCGCUCUACAGGUAAGCAAAUGAGCGACCAACGGUGAGAUCUUUAGUAUCGAUACGUUUCAGCUGAUAUUUGUUUUAUUUAUUUUAUUUUUUUUACUUUUCAAAAGUUUUUAAGGUCAUGGCGCAACGUAUUCUUCGGCUGAUUGACAGGGAUACAUUUAGAUAUGUCUUGUAGAUAACGAAAGAUGCCCGAGCUACUUAAAUGUUUAGCCAACUAUUUUUAACCUAUGCGUGAUGUGACGUCACAUUGUUUUUUUUUUAUCAUAUGCCUGAUGUGACGUCACAUUGGGUAUUUUCAUCUUGCGCCUGAUGUGACAUCACAAUGGGUAUUUACAACAAUCUUCAGUUUUAGCGUCUAGAGUCAGAGUCAUUAUUUGCUUUAGAAAAUAGAUGUUUUCUUAAGACGUAGUCUCAGAACAUAAAUGCUAUAUGAAAAUCAUGAAUAAUAUAUUAUAGAUAUAAACUGUCAAGCUGUGGGCUUAAAGAGUACUAAAACUGAAAUCCAUCCACGGAUGUGUAGCCUUUUUUUUUAAAUUGCGGGGUCCUAUGUAUAACAGAUUUCCAUUUAUUUGUAUCAAUAAAAAUAUCUUAUUACUUUGUCUUCCUCGUCUUUACAGGCAGACUGUCAAUAUUUGGAUAACCACAGCUGAUCCUAUUUUGGAGGAAAUUACAUCACAGCCGGAUGUGCCAAUUAUCGGUGCCAUUAAAACGCAGCAAGAAAAAGUUCGAAUGUACCAAUGUGAUAAAUUGGAGGGGUUGAAGCUCUUGACGUAGGUCAUUCUCAUUUAUCAAAGUAGGCUGUGCGCAUGUUACAGACUUAAUGACGUCAGUUUAAUUAAGCAGUCAAACGAGACUCCCAUCUUAAAAAGAGAUGUAAGGUUUUUUUUUUAUUUUUUUUUUUUUUAAUUGGGGGGGGGGGGGUUUUGCAUUAAAAAUUCUUCUUCUAGUGCUCACCGUUUGAAAAUAAACACUCUCACACCAUACGCAUACUUUCGAUGCCUUUUAACAAUAUUUCUUCAUUAUAGUGAAUAAUUUAUUUCAUCUAAUUCAUAUUUUGUAACGCCAAUGACAAACUGUACACCACAUAGUGAGAUCAUGAUAGGCUCAUCAUCAUCAGUGGUGCUACAGCUCAUGUAGGUCCCUGGCCUGCUCUACCACAUCAUUCCCUUCAGACAUCAUCAUCAGUGGCGCUACAGCUCAUGUAGGUCCUGGCCUGCUCUACCACAUCAUUCCCUUCAGACAUCAUCAUCAUUGGCGCUACAGCUCAUGUAGGUCGCUGGCCUGCUCUACCACAUCAUUCCCUUCAGACAUCAUCAUCAUUGGCGCUACAGCUCAUGUAGGUCGCUGGCCUGCUCUACCACAUCAUUCCAUUCAGACAUCUUCAUCAGUGGCGCUACAGCUCAUGUAGGUCCCUGGCUUGCUCUACCACAUCAUUACAUUCAGACAUAAUCAUCAGUGGCGCUACAGCUCAUGUAGGUCCCUGGCCUGCUCUACCACAUCAUUCCAUUCAGAUCGGUCCAUGGUUUGCCUCGUCCAUGCGCGGACCCCCAGCUGGGGCUAGUCCUUCCCUACAUCGUCCAUCCAACCAAGUCUUGGUUGACCGGUGAGCCGUCGAUCACGUUUGCUACUCUAACAUCCGGCAUCCUCUUCAGGUCUCCUGACCAGCGCAGUCUGCCUUUUUUUAAUUGCUUUGAACAUGGUUGACUACAGCUUUAAUUACAUACCUUAAGUCCUGCGGAUACUCACGGGAACGUCGUUCCAGUCCAUUUUUUUACUACUACAUAGAUCGAUAGAUUUAUUUCUGAAACGGGAGCCUUUGAUGAGUUCCCACAUUUUGUCCCAAGACUGGACCCUUGAUUAAUAUCACGUGUUCGUUUCUUGACUCAGGAAGUGCUACACACAUUUGAAAGAGAUUGAAGCCCGUCUGGUGCCUCCCUUGGACAUCAUCAGGACCGUGUACGCCAUUGGAGUCAUGAUGUACUUGAACGAACGGUACGCGGUAAGUGGGGUCAAGUCAUCUUUGAGAAGUUUCCUUGUAGAGUAGCAUAGAAAACUGACUGAAAAAAACAACAAAAUAAAUGUGUAAUCCCACUCUUGUGUAAUCCCACUCUCUUGUAAUCCCACUCUUCGUGUAAUCCAACUCUCGUGUAAUCACACUCUUUGUGUAAUCCCACUCUCGUGAAAUCCCACUCUCUUGUAAUCCCACUCUUCGUGUAAUCCCACUCUCGUGAAAUCCCACUCUCGUGUAUCACACUCUUUGUGUAAUCCCACUCUCGUGUAAUCCCACUCUUUGUGUAAUCCCACUCUCGUCUAAUCCCACUCUUGUGUAACCCCGCUCUUGUGUAAUCCCACUUUUGUGUUAUCCCACUCUUGUGUUAUCCCACUCUGAUGUUAUUCCACUCUUGUGUUAUCCCACUCUUGUGUUAUCCCACUUUGUGUAAUCACGCUCUUGUUUAAUUCCACUCUAGUGUAAUCCCACUUUCAGUAUAAUCCCCCUCUUGGGUAACCAUACUCUUAUCUACCCUACCCUUCGUAACCCCCCUCUUAUGUAAGUCCACUCUUAUGUAAUCCCACUCUUAUGUAAUCCCACUCUUAUGUAAUCCCACUAUUAUGUAAUCACACUCUCAGUAUAACCCCACUCUUGUGUUAUCCCACUCUUUGUGUUAUCCCACUCUUGUGUAUCCCACUCUGUGUUAUCACACUCUGUGUUAUCCCACUUUGUGUUAUCCCACUCUGUGUUAUCCCACUCUUGGGUAACCACGCUCUUAUCUACCCUACCCUUCGUAACCCCACUCUUACAUGGCAUCAAUGUUGUGUAAGUCCACUUUAAUGUAAGUCCACUCUUAUGUAAGCCCACUCUUAUGUAAGUCCACUCUAAUGUAAGUCCACUCUUAUGUAAGUCCACUCUAAUGUACGCCCACUCAUAUGUAAGUCCACUCUUAUGUAACUCCACUCUAAUGUAAGUCCACUCUUAUGUACGCCCAUUCUUAUGUAAGCCUAGUCUUAUGUAAGCCCACCCUUAUUUAAUCACACUUUUAUGUAAACACACUUUUAUGUAAGCCCACUCUUAUGUAGGCCUAGUCUUAUGUAAGCCCACUCUUAUGUAGGCCUAGUCGUAUGUAAACCCACUCUUAUGUAAGCCCACUCUUAUGUAGGCCUAGUCUUAUGUAAGCCCACUCUUAUGUAGGCCUCGUCUUAUGUAAGCCCACUCUUCUGUAUGCCCACCCUGGUGUUGCAGGACGGCAAGUAUCGCGCGCAGGAAGGUUUGAACCUGUGUGGAGACAAGAACCACCCGAUGUUCAAAAAACUCCUGGACCUCAACAAAUACUGCGAGCGGAAACUCUUCAAAGAAGACAAGAACAUGUUGGAAUCCCAGUCUGGCAUCGAUGACCGAUCGGACACCAAGUUGGAUUAAGACAUAAUGAGUCAUUGUUUGCUGAAAUGUAGUUUUGAAGAUGUCCAUUGUAUCGCAGUGUUGUAAACAUUAAGGCUCAAGUCAUAUGACCUCAGAUAUUUCUCUACUCUCUGCUCUCACUGUUCUCAAAGUAUUUCUUCUCAAAUAUCUCCAUGCAGAUGGAGAACACAUCUGUUGUAGGCAAACGUUAUCGAAUCAUAAAAUCUGCAGCCAAAAUGAUCUUUGAGUUUCUGGGGAUAGUUUGAAAUCUCGACUGUAAUCACCGUUGCCAGAUAAGACACAAGUGUGGGGAGUCUGAGCAGCGCGGCGCCGAAGAAAAAGUGGAGCUAGGGGUCAUGUCUGUAGAUGCCGACCUCAAUAAAUAGAAGAAAAAAAGUGCAGCCCAUGGUGGACCAGUAAAAAUAACAAUUUUUGGGCCCCUUGUCUUGGUAAAGUAGGCUACAUAAUACCAUAUCAUUUCCUUCACUGUCAAGGUUUGGAUCUAAAGAUAAAUUUGGCGCCCCCCUUGAUGUCAACGCCCGGGGCUAGUGCCCCCCCCCCUUUUACCUCUACCCUUUCUCAUGUCCCUGUGCCUAAGAUUCAACAAGCCGUAGAUUCACAUAAUGUUUCACUUUCAAUCUCGAUAAGAUCGAUACAUUAAUAAGAUCGAUACAAUAAUUAAUAUUGCAAAUGUUCGAAGUUAAAUCAAAUAAACCAAUCUUUUUGUUUAAAGUUUUUGAAAUAAACAAUAAAACUAAUAAGUUAAGUUUAAUUUUAAAAUAUCUAGAGGUCAAUGGAAUUUCAAUAUUCUCCUUAAUCGGUGAGGCUUGACAAGAUCAAUCAAAGAGAAGAUAAUCCUGGGGGAAAACAUGGC